AUGAUAGGAUCGGGAGAGAAAAAAGAUCGCAAAAAUUUGAAAAGGGAGAGCACUUGCUAUGGACCGUAUAGAGAUGAGAUCUCGCGACUUGCUCGAGGACACAGCUAUCAAUGCAACAUAAUUGAAACGAUCGGGAAAAGGUUCAAGAGGAUUAUUUUCGCUUCUGUCGUGAUUUUUGGACUUUCUGGAUCUUCCAUUGCGCUGUACAAAUGUCUCCAGGAAUAUCUCUCCUUCGAAGUGCACACCGAGCAAAACAUCGUUGAAGUUCGAGAACAACCAUUUCCGAGAGUAAUGCUAUGCUUGAACUCGAUGCAUUCGAAGGAAAAACUCAGGCGAUAUUACCCGAAAUUGGAGAAGAUUCUCGGACUUUUGUAUUACAAUAUGGAGCUGAAUGAACAAACUCUCAAUGCGAUGAAAACUGGCCUCAUGACAGAACACAGUGACAGAAAAAUGUACGAAGACGUCAUUUCCGUCGAGCAUCUCCUCCGAUCAACAACGAUGUGGGAGCUCGUCACGAAAACAAGCUCUCAUUUCAAAGUUUCCGCCUGCCGCGCUGGACCAGUCGAUUGUUCAGCUGGAUGGAGAGACGACUAUUUUCAAGAAGGAAAGUGCAAGAGCUACAUUGGUUCCACCGCGAAAACGCUUGAUAUCAUCACGAUCUACAAUAAAACGGACUGGUCCGUCGGCUGGAAAAACUUCUACGACGGGUUCACUCUUUACUACACAGAAGAUGACAGCAAAAGUGUUGCUCGAUCCAAAUCGCUGCAGAUCAAUCCGAAAAACGCAGCCAUUCUAGAGCUCUCGAGAGCAAAGUACGUCAAGCUCGGAAAACCGUACUCCCAGUGCAUCAAAAAUGGAACGCUGAAGUACAGCCGCGCUGAAUACACUGUGGAAAGCUGUUUUCACGAAUGCAAGGUCGACAAGGUGCUAAAAGCUUGCGGAUGCCGAGCUCCGUUUUUUCGUCAAUAUGAGGACUUAUACACUUAUCCCGAUUGCAAGAUUUUCGACCAUAUUUUCUGCGUCAAAGAAAUUUUACAGAAAUUUGAUUCUCUACUUCGAUUCGACUGUAAUUGCACCACAACUUGCGAGAAUUCAGAGCUUUCAAUGUCAUCAGUCCAAUAUGGCUAUCCCUCCCUCACCAUCAACGCGCCAAAAGACGUCUCCAUCAAUUCCGUCUUCAUCGAAAUGAAUUCCCGCGUCGAAUCAACUGAAGAAAAACCGCGAUAUCCGCUUGAGCGAUUCAUGUCAGAUGUUGGAGGAAGUAUCGCGUUCUUUCUAGGCUUUUCGGCGCCGACGAUAAUUAUAUUUUUGGAGAAACUGAUGAUCAAAACGAUGUCCAGUUUCCAGGGUCGAAUUGCUCGAUUAUCCCUGAAUUUCCAUCUUUCCGCCGUCCGCAGUCCCCAACCCACCCGCCGAGAUGCUGAGUUCGGCUCGACUCUAGAAUCCUCCAACUGCAUCGAGCGAGGAGACAAGCUCGAAAAGCUGAACAAUGUUUUAACCUGCUCUUCUUCGAGAAUUCCUGCUACGCCUAGCCCAAUUCAUGAUUCCAGUAAAUGCUAG